AUCGACAUCGAUAUCUCUCUUCCUCUCUCUCUCUCUCUCACCGGAAAACUUACUCGGGCUUGCAUCUCCGACGUCAAAAUUCUCCUUGGAAAUGGCGAAAGGAGGAAACAAACUGAUGAAGCUGAAAUCAGUUUUGAAGAAACUCAAUUCAUUCAACACCAAGCCUAACCAACCACAAGCUCAAACCAAUCACGGCCGAUCCUCCGCCGUGAGUGCAUUUCCCUCUGAAGACCUUCAAACUGUCUACGUAGGCCGAACACGGAGGCCGUAUCACGUGAGCUCUGACGUUGUGAGGCACCCGCUCUUCCAGCAGCUAGCGGCGGUGGAUGGUGGAUGUGGCAGCGAGGACGGUUCCAUCUCUGUGUCAUGUGAAGUUGUCUUGUUUGAGCAUUUGCUUUGGAUGCUGGAGAACGCGGACGCCGACGAGUCACGCCCUGAGUCGGUCCACGAACUUGUCGAGUUCUACGCUUGUUAACUCUUUAUGAUUAAUUAGGUUCAAGAUAUAUAUAACGAUUAAUGUUUGUAUAUUCUAUACUUUGUAUACUUUACAUAGUCUUUCGUGAAAUAAUCUAUUUUUCUGUUU